AAUGCUGCUGAUCGCGCCUGGCAUACCUGGUUGCAUCAUCAGCUGGCUCCUCAGCUGUACGGAUUCACACGGGACUGCCUUCUUCGUGCGCCUUCACGGCUCGUCCGUCUGGCUGUACGCAAUGCGCUUCUUCUCAUUUCAUCAAGCCAGACUUUAGGGCAGGCUAGUCUCGUUCCCAAUUUUCGGUUGCAGUGUGAAUGCCGUCUGGCGAUGAAUGCCCUGUCUUCAGGCCUUGUCAGCUCGCGUAAGGAAACAGGUCUUCUCGGUGAAGCAGAGCAGAUUGCUCGACUAGUUGGUCACUCUGUUGCUGGACCCCGUCUUAUCGGAUUAAUUGAUCUAUUAUUUUUUCUACUGACCGAAGUAAGUAACAAUAUUUGUGUCAUUUGCCGUAAUUAA